AUGAGCAACAGGAUUGUAUUGCGGACCAAGAAAGUUGCAGUGAAGGUGCAAAUAGGUCUCAUGAAGCAUGGGUCCUUGAUAAGGAAGACGUUCUACAUGCGCCCAAACUACAAAUGGUAUAUCUUCAUCGAGGCAGACACCUAUGUCCUAUGGCCUAACUUGGUCCAAUGGCUAGGGAGCCUGAAUUCGUCAGAAGAGCACUUCCUUGGCUCCUUAAUGUUAAUAGGAGACGUUGGUUUUGCCUAUGGAGGAAGCGGUUAUAUUCUGUCGCAACCAGUUCUAAAAGAGUUUUCGAGAAUUUUCCCUACUUUAUCUGGGAAGUACGACUACGAAGCAAAAUCACACUGUUGUGGUGACUAUAUUUUUUCUGUCGCUCUCAACGAAACUCUUGGCUUAUCUGUUAAAGACAUAUGGCCUAAACUGAAUACCGAAAAACCAUAUACCUUACCUUUUGGUCCUACGCACUGGUGUGGACCAGCUGUAACGAUGCAUCACAUGAGUCCCGAGGAAAUAUCAUCAUUCUGGGAGUUUGAAGGAGACUUCUACAGAUCACAGUCAACCUUGCGAGAGCUGCCGCGGAAAUUAUCGUUCAGAGAUAUCUACAACUAUUUUGUAGCUCCAAAGCUACUAGAUGCCCGCGAGGAUUGGGACAAUUUGAGCGAUGAUAUCCACUACUCCAAGACUACGACGGCAAAACACGAUUCAUAUCUUUCGGAUAUCGAAAAAACAGCUCACCAGAGCUUUGAGAACUGCAAGAUAACAUGCGAAGCAAAUACAAAGUGUUUCCAAUUUCGCUUUCAUGAUGGAACCUGUAGCAUUAGCACAGCGUUUAAACUGGGUAGAGCAAGGAAAGGCUACCCAGAAUCUGAUCGCUGGAUGAGUGGGUGGAUGAAACCUCGGAUUCAGGAGUGGAUCAAGGACAUAGGAGAAUGUCUAUAA